AUGUCCCAUCCCAGGUCGAGGUCCCCAUCAGUUCCCUCUGAGGGUGAGAUCGUGGAAUCAGUCCCAGAGACGAAGGCAACUGCGUCAAAACUUCCUCUUAAUGGCACCAGCGUUGACCGUCCCCCCAGAGUUAGCCCAUCCUCUGCGCCCAGAUCUCCCGAUUCAUUGAAAAGCACUCGAUCGCCACCCCGGCUGAGGUCGCCGACCAGGUCCCUAUCGAGAUCCCGCUCUCGCUCCCCGUACAGAGAAAAUAAGACCCAGAAGCGCAAUUACGACGAUCUUCCCGAGUCCUAUGAUGGUAGUUACGACCGGCGACCCCGCCAGGAGCCUCCACGAGGUUACAGGUCUAGGUACGACGACAGACGCCGUGACAGACCGGCUCCCAACCGGCGCCCCAACUCAUACUACGAUUAUGAUCGCGAAGAGACUCAUGGAGGAACCCUCCGAUACAGCGAUGAUUACGACCGCCAUGAGCGAUAUGACCGACACAAGGACAAGCGGCAGCGCACCCGCAGCCGCAGCCGAUCGCCUUACCGUGAAACGAGGAAGCCCAAGAAGUAUUCAGAUGAUGAACCCGAUUCAAACGUGGUCAAUGCCAAGUCUUCAGCGGAUAAUGAAAGGCGCUGGCCCACUGAACAUUUGGUGAGGGAACGAGGACAGGUUUCGGCCGUUGCUCUGGAGUCAAAGCUUGGUGCUGAAAAACAAAAGACCCAGGUGCAGGCUGCUUCUAAUCUUCAAGCACAUGUAGCUGACGAAGAAACCAUCCCUAAGCCGGAGAUUGCGCAAGAGCCGGAGCUUGCUGAACCCAUUAACGAAGCCGAGGCACUCGAAGCUCGCCGAAAACGUCGUGAAGCUAUCCGGGCGAAACAUCGAAGCCAAGCGACGCCACUGCAUCUCAAAGCACUGAACGUCAGUGAGGUUGAAACGGAUUCAUCCACACCUAGCACUGAACCAGCUAGCGCAAAGGAAGCAUCCGAUUCUCCACGGGCAUCUCCCUUUGAACAGCCCGCGGAUGCAUUCCCUGGUUUCAGUAUUGGAAAAGACAUGGACACAAUCAACGCCAAUACACCUGUUGUCGAUGCUGAUAAGAAUGGUCCCUCUGCUGCUGAUUAUGACCCAACUCUCGAUACAAAGGAAGAAAGCCAAAAGCAUGGCAAUGUACAGGAGCGAAAGCACGACGUUUCCUCUGCAGCAUACGAUGAGACCAAACCUGGCAAGCAGGACAUUCUCCUCCCCGAUGCUCCCCCAGCGCCAGCGCCGAAGGCAGAUGCAUUCGAUAUGUUUGCAGACGACGACGAUGACAUGUUCGCAGAGGAAUCACCUGACCCCAAGCCGUCACAUGCUUCGGCCACAGCUGUACCCCAGGGCAAAGAACUGGAUGUCAGUAUGAUGGAUAACUGGGACGACUCGGAAGGAUACUAUGCUGUCCGACUCGGAGAGCUGAUCAACGGACGAUACCAUGUCCACCAAAACCUCGGCAAGGGAAUGUUCUCGUCUGUCGUACGUGCAACUGACACCCAGACAGGGGGUCCAGUUGCCGUCAAGAUCAUUCGCCAGAACGCUGUAAUGCGCAAGGCCGGUAUGAAGGAGAUUGGCAUCCUAGAGCAACUACGGGAAGCCGAUCCGGAGCAAAAAAUGCACACCAUCAAGUUCGACCGAUACUUCGAUCACAAGGGUCACUUGUGCAUGGUGUUUGAGAACCUUAGCAUGGACCUACGUGAGGUCCUGAAGAGGUAUGGUAGGGACAUUGGUUUGAACCUGCGCGCAGUUCGGGCCUAUGGCCAACAGAUUUUCCUUGGGCUAUGUCUCCUCCGCAAGUGUAACAUCCUGCAUGCUGAUCUUAAACCGGACAAUCUCCUUGUGAACGAGCAACGCAACAUCCUGAAAAUUUGUGACCUGGGUUCGGCGUCGCCGGCCUCUGAAAAUGAGAUUACGCCAUACCUCGUCAGUCGAUUCUACCGUGCCCCGGAAAUCAUCCUGGGUAUCCCUUACGACUACGCCAUCGAUGUCUGGUCCAUUGGCUGUACUCUCUUUGAGCUUUACACAGGUAAAAUUCUCUUUACUGGCCGCGACAACAAUCAAAUGCUUCGCUCCAUCAUGGAGUGCCGGGGCAAGUACCCGGCGAAGCUUCUUCGCCGCGGAACCCUGUCUCCUCAUCACUUUGACGAAAUGCUCAACUUUCACAGCGUGGAGCAAGACAAAAUCACCGGCCGUCUCCACACCAAGAUUGUGGACUUCAAGAAACCGACGCGCGACUUGAAGAGUCGCCUCAUGGCACAAGGAACACGCGGAAUGCCCGAUUCUGAGGUCAAAGAACUAACUAUGUUCCUGGACUUGCUCGACCGUUGCUUGUGUCUUAACCCUGAGAAACGAAUCACACCGGCUGAAGCUUUGAAACACCCGUUCCUGGCGCCUAGGGUGUAA